AUGGAGCUGCUGUCGCCGCCGCUCCGAGACGUGGACUUGACGGGCCCCGACGGCUCCCUCUGCUCCUUUGCCGCAGCGGACGACUUCUAUGACGACCCGUGUUUCGACUCCUCGGAUCUGCGCUUCUUCGAGGACCUGGAUCCGCGCCUGGUGCACGUGGGCGCGCUCCUGAAGCCCGAGGAGCACACGCAUUUCCCCGCCGCCGUGCACCAGGCCCCGGGCGCGCGCGAGGACGAGCAUGUGCGCGCGCCCAGCGGGCACCACCAGGCCGGCCGCUGCCUGCUGUGGGCCUGCAAGGCGUGCAAGCGCAAGACCACCAACGCCGACCGGCGCAAGGCCGCCACCAUGCGCGAGCGGCGCCGCCUGAGCAAAGUGAACGAGGCCUUCGAGACGCUCAAGCGCUGCACGUCCAGCAACCCCAACCAGCGGCUGCCCAAGGUGGAGAUCCUGCGCAACGCCAUCCGCUACAUCGAGGGCCUGCAGGCUCUGCUGCGCGCCCAGGACGCCGCGGGCCCUGGCGCCACCGCCUUCUACGCGCCCGGCCCGUUGCCCCCAGGCCGCGGCGGCGAGCACUACAGCGGCGACUCGGACGCGUCCAGCCCGCGUUCCAACUGCUCCGACGGCAUGAUGGACUACAGCGGCCCCCCGAGCGGCGCGCGGCGGCGGAACUGCUACGACGGCGCCUACUACAGCCAGGCGCCCAGCGAACCCAGGCCCGGGAAGAGUGCCGCCGUGUCCAGCCUUGACUGCCUGUCCAGCAUCGUGGAGCGCAUCUCCACGGAGAGCCCCGCUGCGCCCGCGCUCCUGCUGGCCGACGCGCCACCGGAGUCGCCCCCUCGCCAGCAGGAGGCGGCCGCCGAGAGCGAGGGCGAGCGCGGAGCACCCACGCCGGCCCCGGACACCGCCCCGCGGUGCCCUGCGGCCGCAAACCCCAACCCCAUCUACCAGGUGCUCUGA